AACACAUUUUCUGGCUAACUUUGUUUUCUAUUAAAAACAAGAUUUUGAAAGAAUUUUCUUUAAUAAUAAUAAUACCUUCUGUAAUAAAGCAGAAAAAUAAAAUUACUGAAAAUGUCUGAUUGGGAUACUGUUACCGUCUUAAAGAAGAAGCCGCUAAAGGCAGCUCAAAUGAAGACGGAAUCUGCAAUAAAUCAAGCAAUUAACGCCGGUACAAACAAACAGCAUUUACCAACAAGGAACACAGCAAAAUUGGAUCGUGAGACUGAGGAAUUAAAACAUAAGAACAUUGACACAAACGUGGCUCGUCUUAUUCAACAAGGUCGACAAGGCAAAGGAUUGAGUCAAAAGGAUUUGGCGACAAAAAUUAAUGAGAAGCCACAAAUUGUCAAUGAUUAUGAAGCUGGACGUGGAAUUCCAAACAACAUCAUUUUGGGAAAGAUGGAACGAGUUCUUGGAGUGAAGUUACGUGGCAAAGACCUUGGUCAGACCUUAGCGCCUCCUACUUCGAAAAAAUAGAAUCGAUCCGCGAAGAAGGAGGCGAACCAAACGUAAUCAUGAUGGAAUCGAUAAAUGCAAAUAAAUUCAUCGUUUAUAACGUCUUGUCAUUUAAUUCUUUUUUUUAUUUUCUUGUACUUUUUAAUGUCAUUUUAUAUGUUUUUCCCUUUUAACAUCACGAACCAUAAACACAACAUUGUGCAAUUUAGAUGAUCCAAUUGUUAAUAAUUCUUUGGUGUUGUUUAUAAUGCUGCAUAAAGUUAUUAAGAAUUUAAAUGGCAGUUCUUUUUUCGUCUGUAAAAAAUUAAAAAAUUUUCGCUUUCUACACAGAAUGUCAUUCUGAAUUGCUUAUCAAUGUGUUGUGGAUAUCUAAAUAUAAAAUUUUAUUUAGAAAUGCGAAUAAUAAUUCAGAAUUUAGAUUGUGUUUCAAUCUUUUUCGGAUUUAAUAAAAAGAAUAUAUACAGGAAGAACUUUCACUGACAUUAAACUUUAACUCUGAUGUUAAGUUUUAUUUUUCCACAUUUAAAAUUCUCUGUUUAACAUGAAAUAUUUAUGAGCUGCACAAGCCGCAAAUGGAACCGUCCGUUGACCAGUGUGGAAUGAAUCCAUAACUCUUAAUUCAUUUUCUGUUAAUUUAAAAUCAAAGAUUUCAAUGUUUUGCUUGAUUCGACUUUCGUUAGAUGAUUUUGGAUAAGGACAAGCACCAAUUUCAACGAGAUAACGAAGAACAACUUGUGCUGGUGUUUUGUUGUAUUUCCUUCCAAUUUCUUCGACUUUCGGAUCAAGAAUCGCAGGCUUAGGCAAAGAUUUAUCAUUUUCGUAAGAAUGAGGUCUUGUUAAAGGAGAAUAGCCAGUGAUUGUAAUGUUACGUUCCUUACAGAAUUCAAUCAAUUUCUUUUGAUUCAAACUUGGUGAACAUUCGACUUGGUUUGUGACCGGCUUGAUGCGACAAUUUUCAAGAAUUCUUGCGAUUUGUUCACUGUUAAAGUUGCUAACUCCAAUCGAUUUCACGAGUCCUAAAUCAACAAGUUUCUCCAUUGCUUUCCAUGUGUCAAGAUAAUCAACAUCAGAAAACGCCAAAUUUCCGUCUUUAUCUUUUGGCAACAAUUCUUCUGGUUCUCUGUAUUCAAGUCCCAUUGGCGUGUGGAUCAAAUAUAGGUCGAUGUAGUCCAAUCCCAGGUUUUUAAGACUCUUACGACAUGCAGCUUCAACAUGGAUGGGAUCGUGAUGAAUAUUCCACAACUUUGUUACCACAAAUAUUUCUUCUCUCUUCAAUUCUCCCGACGUAACUUUCUCGUUUACAGCUCUACCGAUUUCAUUUUCAUUUUGAUAAAAAUAUGCCGUGUCAAUAUGUCGGUAACCAUUAUCAAGUGCAAUCUUUGUUGAGUUGUAACCUUCGUCAUUUGUACUCUAAAUAAACAAUUUACGCACAUUUUCUGAUAUGUCAUCAAAUUCUACUUA